AUGAGUGUUGGAGGUCCUGUUCCUGUCUGGAAGAAAUACACCACCGGGUCCAAGGGCAUCUGGGAGCUGAUCCGGUCGAUGCUGGUGCUGGUGCCUAACCGGUCGUCCGGAAACCCGUAUGUCCCGUACUACCGUGUCCCGUCGCCGUCGUCAAGCAAACAGGUCUACAAGGACCCGCGCACCGUUCCGGCCGCAGACAUCGUCCAGAACGACUACUUCAAAAGAGACAAGCGCAGGGCGUAUCCGCGGGCGUCUGUGUUCACGCAGCCGCAAAUCGGCGCGCUGUUGCAGAUCGGCAACGCCAAACGGAGCCGGCUGCCAAAGGGCGAGGAGGGCGCGAAACAGCUGGCGCUCGCGUCCAGCGGCCAGGUGGACCUGCCGCAGGUGCUGCGUGCGGCCGACAGCGCGAUUCUGCACGGCGAGCUGCUGGGGCCGCGCGGGGAGCCGGUGGUGGCGCCGAACCUGAACAAGAAGCUGAGCAUGGAGCUUCUCGAGGAGCCCGAGCACGGCAUGUACACGGACGAGUACCCUGUGCGGAUGUUCAAGCUCGCGGAUUCUGCGCACGUUUCUCAAGCAGCAGAACCGGCCGAAUCUGCGGAUUUUCGCCAUUGUGCUGUCGCUGUACGAGGACCUGAACACGGUGUCGACGCAGGAGGAGCAGGCGGGCGCCGAGGUCAAGCGGAUCCAGUGGAUCAACUACAAGGAGAGCGGCGUCGACCUGUGCAACAAGAAGAUCCUGAUUGUCGACGAGGUGGACGACACACGCACCACACUGCACUACGCGCUGCAGGAGCUGCAGAAGGACGCCGCGCAGCAGGCUCGCGAGAAAGGUCUGGCGGACCCCAAUACGCAGUUCUUUGUGUUUGUGCUGCACAACAAGGACAAGCCAAAGAGAGCGCAGCUGCCGGCCGAGCUGAUGCGCAGCAACUACGUGGUCGGGGAGCAGUUCCCGGACUGCUGGAUCGCGUAUCCGUGGGAGAGCACCGACAUCGUGCACCACCAGCAGAUGGCUGUGCAGCAGGGCUACGAUAUAUAGCCGAAUAG